CUAAUGUGGUUGGCAACACCUUUUCUAUGUGGUUUAGCAUGGCUAUGGAAUGUUUGACUGAGGAUUUAAUUGUGUUGGUUGUGGCUGUAUUGCAUCAAUUUUGUCGCCGGCUGUCCAUUAGUAUAUAUAUAAAUGCCAUUAUGUCCCGCACUCCACUCGUUCCAGUAUUCCUUCACCAAUAUAAUUCAUCUCCCGCGUAUUAGCAGCGAAGCAAGAAUUGAACCAAAGGCGAUUCAGGAAUAGGAACAAAGACUUUCCAAAAAUGAGUACUGUGAAGUUUUGCUGUGAAUGCAACAACAUUCUGUACCCAAAGGAAGACAAAGCUAGGAAGAUCCUCCUCUAUGCAUGUCGCAAUUGUGAUCACCAGGAGGUAGCUGAUAACAACUAUGUCUACAGAAAUGUAGUAGAACAUUCAGUUGAUGAGCUCACACAAGUCUUGCAGGAUGUAACUGAAGAUCCAACGCUCCCUCGUACAAAAGCUGUGCGUUGUGCUGAAUGUGGUCAUGGAGAGGCUGUAUUCUUCCAGGUCCUUAUUUUUGUAACCCCGUUUUAUGAUUUGAGUGCUCAAAAUUGUUUAAAUCUCCAGGCCAUGUGCUUUUACUUGGUUCUGAUCAGGACUAGUAAGCUAUUGUGGAAUCUUAAUCUUAGUUAUUCUACCAUACCUGGCUUUCACUCCAUUGUUGUUCUGCCUGUAGGGGCUAUUUUUGAACCGCGAACCAAAAGCGAUUCAGGAACAGGAACAAAGGCAAAAAUGAGUACUAUGAAGUUUUGCUGUGAAUGCAACAACAUUCUGUACCCAAAGGAAGACAAACCUCGGAAGAUCCUCCUCUAUGCAUGUCGCAAUUGUGAUCACCAGGAGGUAGCUGAUAAGAACUGUGUCUACAAAAAUAAGAUAUUACAUUCUGUUGGUGAGCGCACACAAGUCUUAGAGGAUGUAACUGCAGAUCCAACGCUCCCUCGUACAAAAUCAGUGCGUUGUGCUGAAUGUGGUCAUGGAGAGGCUGUAUUCUUUCAGGCUGCUUCUAGGGGAGAAGAAGCAAUAACUCUGUUUUUUGUCUGCUGCAACCCCAACUGUCUCCACAGAUGGAGGGACUAACAUGAUGCAUGCUGGGUUCAUGAUUAUUUAAGAAGUCUUAUUUUAUUAUAUUACGC